AUGGGUACUCGAGCUGCCCGAGAGAGGAUGGAGCGGGUGAGGCAGACGAGCGUCACGCUCGCUUACUCCUUUCUCAAGACCGCGACGACGGACUGCGCUAUCGGUCACGACAAGGACCAGCUUCAGGUGGUUAUAUACGAAUGCCUUUGCCUACUGACGGCGUAUCCUGUCGCGCUGCUGGAGCAGAUCCGCGGCAACACAUGCGAACCCGGACUUCCAAAAUACUGUCGACAAACGGCGGAGGCACUCCAACGACUCAGAAACGGUGAUGGGAUUGACGCGAGGCAGCGGACGUACGAAAGCAAGCGUCGGCCCAACAAGAGCAGAGGUCAGCAUCAGUUUGCCUCUGUGGCAUUCUUCUUUGAAAUCUUCUCGCUCGAGCUCCAGCUCGAGUUUGCCACGCAGACUAUGAGAGUAGAUGCGCCGUCCACGCUGCCCCAUCACAUCAUCUACAAUCUACGCAACCACUUUGAGAACUUGAGCGACAUUGGAAACAUAGACGACCGCCGGGCGCCUAUUAUUCGCGAGAGCAUUGACAUUCUUGCGCAAUCUGGACGGGAAUGUACUGUGUUUGCCUUCACGGACGCCAUCCCAUUGGAGUGCAUGUGGUUCGUCUACGUAGCUGGCUGGCUCAUUGCACUGUAUGCUCCGCUUCAUCACUGCAACUGGUUUGUGCAACAGACCCCGACGGAGCUGGAAGCAACGGAAAACCAGCCGCUCCCGGCUGUAGCCAUACUGGCGGUCAUGACAGCGCUGUCAGUCCUGUGUUCGAUGUUGACUACAAUUCUCUCGCAGAUGUGGAGGCUUUGGGAUCCAUUUGGAAGAGGGACCAAUACGUACGGGUGGACACUGGGCAUUGCAAUGGAAAUUGACGACAUGCUCAAUGAAUUCAACGAGUACGACGCCAAGGAAAUCCUUCGCAAGCAUUCGUACAUGGAUUCGUCGGCUUACUUGACUGACAUGAGGUACGGCAGCGGACCGACAACGCCCGGCCUGUAUGUCGAAACAGUUUGA